AUGGAUCGUGAUACGGAGAAUGAAGCGAAGGCUGAUUUCAUUAAUGUGGAAAAACAUUGGAGCACUGUCCUCGAAAAAGGAAUAGAUCAAUUGACUGAUGCCCAAAUAACUGGUUUGAAAUUCAGUUUCCUAGAUGAUGGUGGAGAGUUUUAUAACACAUAUGCAAAGUUGGUUGGGUUUAGUAUUCGCAAAGAUGAGAUAAAGCGUAAUAAAAAUAACAUUGUAACCUCUAAAAGAUGGGUUUGUGCAAAGGAAGGAUUGCAAAUUAGGAAAAAUGAGGCCAAUUUAAAUUGCAUGCGUGAGAGACCAAUAACAAGAAGUGGUUGCAAGGCCGCUUUUCGUAUUAGGUUUGAACAAAAGUUAGGUGAAUGGGUGGUAGGAGAGUUUAAAAGGGAGCAUAAUCAUGACUUAGUUUCGCAAUUCGAGACUCAAUUUCUCCGUUCGCACAAGACUAUUAAGGAUUUCGAUAAGGCUCAGAUUAUAGCACUGCAUAAUGUUGGGGUCAAAUCAAAUCAAAUCAUGGAUCAUAUGAUCCAACAAGCUGGAGGAUACGAGAAUAUAGGGCUCAUUACAAAAGACUUCUACAAUUAUCUAGUGGCAAUUCACAACAACAGUACGCGAGAUAGUGAUGCUGAAUGUGCUUUGGUAUAUUUACAAGCAAAAGAAGACAUGGACUCCUCAUUCUUUUUCAAUACAUUGUUGAUGAAGAAAGUUGUUUGGCUAAUCUGUUUUGGACAGAUUCUCAAAGUCGUUUAG